AUGGAAGAUCAAAUGGAUGUGUCUGUUGAAUCGACGCCCGUUGAACUGGACAGGUCAAUGUCCGAUGUAGAAGAAACCCCGACCCUUGUAACAGACUAUGAGGCCUUUGCUAGUAAGAUCCUUCCCGAUCUGGGAUACGAAGUAGCAGAUUUUCAACAUAACACAUGGCAUAUCGCUAGUUGGAAGUCUUUGGAUAGGAGAAUUACAGGACCCGAAUUUGAAGCUGGUGGCUGGAAAUGGCGUAUCUUGCUUUUUCCAGCUGGGAAUAACACUAAUGAUACAGUAUCGAUAUAUCUUGAUUUUGCUGAUCCCAAAGGUGCGCCGCAAGGUUGGCAUUCGUGUGUUCAAUUUGGUUUGGUUUUAUGGAAUGACCCAGCAGAGUAUGUAGAACAUACUGCUAAUCACAGAUUUACGGCGGACGAAUCGGAUUGGGGAUUUACACGGUUUUACGAGAUGAGAAAAUUAUUUGUUUCAACCGACAAUCGCGCGCGUCCGCUGAUUGAAAAUGAUUCAACGAAUAUUACGGCUUUUGUACGAGUAUUGAAAGACCCGACUGGCGUCCUAUGGCAUAAUUUUAUCAAGUAUUUGAACUCGUUUCUUUCAUUCAUUCGCUCCUUAAAUCCAAACUGUCUGCUUUGGGCAAUACCUUCACUAUUUCUGGCGUUGUUGUUAACCUCUGCAUACAGUUAUGAUUCAAAGAAGGAGACUGGCUAUGUAGGCCUCAAGAAUCAAGGCGCCACCUGCUACAUGAACUCCCUGUUGCAAUCUCUGUAUUGUACCAAUUAUUUUCGGAAGGCCGUUUAUCAAAUCCCUACCGUAAAUGAUGAACCCAUAAAGAGUGUCUCCCUAGCGCUUCAGCGAGUCUUCUACCAAUUACAAACAUCAGAUACACCCGUCGGUACCACAGAACUCACAAAGUCAUUUGGCUGGGAUUCAUUGGAGUCGUUUAUGCAGCACGAUGUUCAAGAAUUGAAUAGGAAACUGCAAGAGAAUCUCGAGGGAAAAAUGAAGAAUACCGAAGUCGAUGGUGCUAUAACUAAACUAUUUCUUGGAAAAACGAAGAGUUAUAUUAAAUGUGUCAAUGUAGAAUUUGAAUCGUCGCGCGUUGAAGAUUAUUACGAUCUUUCAUUGGAUGUGAAAGGCUUUAAAACUCUAAGGGACUCUUUUAAAUAUAUUAUUCAAGAGGAAACAUUAGAGGGGGAAAAUCGAUACAUGGCCGAAGGUUUUGGUCUACAAGAUGCUAAAAAAGGAGUAAUAUUCGAAAGUUUUCCUCCUGUAUUGCAUUUGCAUCUGAAAAGAUUCGACUAUGACAUACAAAGAAGCGCUAGCGUUAAGAUUAAUGAUCGUUAUGAAUUUCCCAUGGAAAUCGAUCUUGAGGAAUAUUUAUCUCCAGAAGCAGAUAGAACCAAACCACAAAAAUAUCUAUUACAUGGCGUGUUAGUCCAUAGCGGUGAUUUUCAUGGAGGUCAUUACUUCGCUCUGAUAAAACCGGAAAAAGAUGGAAAAUGGCUUAAGUUUGAUGACGACCGUGUGACCCCUGUAACAGACAGAGAGGUCUUGGAAGACAAUUAUGGAGGCGAGAUCAACAAUUCCAAUCCACAUCCCAUUCGACCAGCUGUCCGCAACCUUAAACGCUUCACUAAUGCAUAUAUGCUGGUAUACAUUCGUGAAUUUGAUAUCGACGAAAUCCUCGCCCCCGUUCGUCCCGAAGAUAUACCCCCACAUUUGCAAAAACGUCUCGACGAUGAAAAAGCUGCUGCUGAACAGAAGAAAAAGGAGCGAGAAGAGAUGCAUUUAUACCUGAAUGUCAAGAUUAUAUCAGAUGAAGCCUUCAGAACACAUCAAGGAUUUGAUCUCGCCAACUUUGAGGAGCGUCAAUACCCAUUUUCUGAUAUCCCUACGAUGAAAGUCUUAAAAGCUGAAUCUUAUGGGACAUUUAGAGAAAAGAUUGCCGAGCAACAUAAUGUGCCGGUCGAAGCUACUCGACUAUGGGUUCUGGUGAAUCGUCAGAAUAAAACAGUACGACCUGAUGCCCCAAUAAAUGAAAAUAUGUAUAGCUUAUCGAUGGAAGAAAUUUUUGCAAAGAUGGCUUCAAGGCAAAAUGACUUAAAACUGUAUCUAGAAAUAGCGGAAAAACCCACAAAUGGAAAAUAUUUCCCAUCGGAAGGCAAUGCUUUUACAAUGGUGUUCCUGAAGUAUUUCGAUCCCGAUAAUCAGACUUUGGAAGGUCUCGGACAUCUUUACAUCCAAAAAUUUGGUAAAGUUGGCGACAUUCUUCAAACUCUAUGUGAAAAAAAAGGGUUCCCACUAAAUACUCCUUUAAAAUUAUAUGAAGAAAUCAAACCGACAAUGAUUGAAGAAAUGAAGACAAAAGCAACUUUUCAACAAUCUGAAAUUCAGGAUGGUGAUAUAAUUUGCUUUACAAAAGCAUUAACCGAAAAAGAAAUACAAGAUCACCAAGCUGAAAAUCGAAUCGCCACCAUUCCUCAAUUCUACGAAUAUUUAACAUGUAGAAUUGUUGUUCAGUUCAAACCAAAAUUUAGGGAUCGAGAAUUAAAACCCGAAUUUGAGUUAGUUUUGAACAAAAAAUGGAAUUAUGACGAGGUUGCUGCCAAGGUUGCAGAGCAUUUAGAGACCGAUCCACUGAAGCUUCGAUUUACAACAGCAACUUCAGGCAAUAGUAAUAGCGGUCCAAAGACAAUUGUGAAACGAACUACAAGUCAAUCAUUAUCAGAUAUGUUACAACCCGGCUAUUUAGGUCCUCCGACCAAUCUGCUAUUUUAUGAAAUGUUAGAUAUUAGUAUAGUGGAGCUUGAGACGAAGAAAUUCUUGAAGGUUAUUUGGCUUGGAACCACCAUAAAGGAAGAGAAUACCAUUGAUAUUCGUCUUCCGAAAAAUGCGCAUAUCAGUGAAGUAAUAGAAGAACUAUUGCUGAAGGUUAAAUUAUCGGAGGAGAAUAAGAAAAUACGAUUAUGUGAAGUAGUGAAUAACAAAAUUUCUAAAGAAUUAGUCGAAAGCGACCCAAUAGCAAAUAUACAGGAUUUUGUAUCAUUAUAUGCUGAAGAAAUACCCGAUGAAGAGAUACAAUGUGGACCUGAAGAUCGGAUCGUACAAGUUUAUCACUUUACCAAAGAACCUUUACGUACUCAUGGGAUCCCAUUUAAAUUUUUAAUCAAAGCGGGUGAGCCAUUUUCGGAGACCAAGAAUCGCCUUCAAGCACGUCUUGGUAUGAACGAAAAAGACUUUGCAAAGAUUAAAUUUGCAAUUGUACCACCAACAUCAUAUUCAAAACCGCGGCCGAUACUAGAGGAGGAGACCUUAUCUGAGCUUUCAUGGAAUUCCGAUGACCUUCUAGGACUGGAUCAUGUUGAUAGGAGUGGUAGAUCAACGCGAAUGGGCGGACUUGAAAAAGCAAUUUUCAUUAGAGGAUAA